AAAAAUUUAAAAGAAAAAAAUCAUCUAUGAAAUCACUUACUUUUAAAAGAUAUAUACAUAAUAAAUAAAUAAAUAAAUUGAAAUCUGCAGCUAAGUCAUAAAACAAACAACAGUUCCUAAAAUAAUUUGCCAAGUGAUUCUUUCCCUCCAUAAUAAUCUAGCAAUGUUGAUGGACUCCUAACCCAAUGGCAUUUCUGUGAUUCCACGGAACAUAGGCAACAUUCAUGCUCUCUUCUACUUCACUCGAUCACUGCGGCUACUACUCCCAUUACUUUGCUUGCGACGUCCGUUUCUUGCCAUACCCUGCUUGAUUUAAAAGUUUCCUCCUUCCCACUCCCUCCUACUGCUACUCCUCCUCUCCCCUUGCGCCAUCCCAAGCCCUAGUCCCUUGAUGAGAGGGAGAGGCGGGCGGGGAUGGGGAACCGGAUCAGCGGCUCCCGUCGGAGGCCGGUGGAGGAGCGCCUCACCCGGCCGCAGCGCAUCCUUCGGCAACCCACCGAUCUGGACUACAAGAAGCUCCGCAAGCUCAUUCUCGCCCGCAAGCUCGCCCCCUGCUUCGACGCCCUCGACGAGCUCCCUCACCACCCCCGCGAUCUCGAGGAGUGCCCCAUUUGCUUCUUCUACUAUCCCAGCCUGAAUCGAUCCCGGUGUUGCUCGAAAGGCAUUUGCACUGAGUGUUUUCUGCAGAUGAAGCCUUCCGAUGCGAGUCGUCCCGUUCAGUAUCCUACACUGUCUUCAUCGUCUUGUGCUGUGACUUCCUGGUAUGCAGUUGAGUAUCGUGGUGCUAGAACUGAGGAAGAGAAGGACCUAGAACGAGCUGAAGAGCAAAAGGUCACUGAAGCAAAACUUAGGAUGCAACAUGAAUAUGAAAUUGUUGGGCAAGUUAUACCAUCAGGCGCGCAGAAUAUUAGGGAAAUGUCUGAACGAGGGGCCUCUCUGAUGCAAGGAAAUGACCUGGAUGGUCCUUUCCAGACUUGCAAUAACAGGAAUGAAAAUCUAAGUGUAAACCUUGAAGAAGUCAUGGUCAUGGAAGCUAUAUGGGACUCUCUUCACGUGAUUGAUUCCAGAUUACAGAAAAGUGCUGCAAAUCAAAUUUCUGGAUCUAGCAAUAUGGUUGGAUUCGGAAAUGCAGAACAUGAAAUUGUUGAUGCAACUUGUUUACAAUCAUCUGGCGAAGUAUCUUCAACAGAUACAAUGCCUGUGGAAGCUGCAGUUGGUAUUUCAAGAUUACCUGAUCAAAAUCUCUUGCAGGCACAGCAUCCUGAGCCAGAUUGUGAAAGUCAGGCCAAGUUGAAGCCACAUGGAAGUUCAGCUGAAGAAUCAAAUAUAAGGGUAUCACUGGUUGAAUGUUUGGCUACAUCUUUCGAUUCAGACGAAGAGCAUACUUGAUACCUGUAAUCGUGUCUCUAGUUGUUUAAGCAAUUGGAUUUACACAUCAAUUUACCAUGAGGAGCCUUUUUCUUGGAUGAUAGUACAAGUAUUCAUAACAGAUCUUUUUCUUGGCACUCUUGUCUCUCGUAGAUAUAUAAUUAUACCAAACUAAACUUCACAGAUAUGUCCUGUAUUCU